GCUGGAUUGGACAUUCACAGUAAGUCAGGGAGCUGUUGUGGGUCGUUUGUGAAAAGGUAACUUGGAUAUUUGCUUUGAGAACUGUGCAGGGAGCAGUCGGAUGGGAGUUUCCUUUGGCUGCCUCUGACCUGUACGUCUGUUCAGCCAACAAAUGUACAGUCGGAAAAGCAGCUUUACAGGAGUUACAUUUGGAAAGAGUAUCAUGGUGGCAAAGAGACAACACAAGAAAUGACUCCUAUCCAAGGAUGCAGUGCAAGACUCCAGAAAGGAGAGAUCUUCAGAGAGAGAGAGAUCGCUUCCCCACCCUUAAAUGGGCUCUGGGAGUCACUUCUGGUCAUGCAGCUGAAUUGGGCUGGCCCAGCCCUCGCCUCAGAGUUAUGAUAUAAUGCCGGCACAACAGAAAUAUUGGCUUAGCUGAGGUGAAGACCAUCUUUGAGAAAAUCUCUCUGCAGGUGGAUGAUGCUGGACAGCAACUUCACACUAAAGCUUUUCCUCUGGCGACAGAGCAGGGUAUGUUAGUCCCAUCCCUGCCCAAAUCCCAUCACAGCCCACGGCGGGGUCUGUGUCUCCCCGUCCCCACAUCCCUUCACACCGCAUUUAGUAGCACCCCUCCUAAACCCGUCCCCGUGACCCCUCACAGCGCACGGUGCGGCUCCUGGCCCGUCUUUGUCUCCACGUUCCGUUUUCACACCCCGUCCCGCCGCCGUUUCCCUCCCGUCCGGUACAGCCGCUCGGCCGCCAUUUUCCACAUCGAACGGUGGCUCCAUGGCGGCGCCGGCGGCUUCAGGCGGUCGAGGCCCGCAGCGGCCGAGGGCUCCGGGGCGCAGCCCGUCCCCGAGCGGCUACCGCAGCUCCAAGCCGCUCGGCCGGGACGGCUUCUUCUGUCGGCGCCAGGAGGGGUCGGUGCUCGGGCACCGUCGGGAGCCGCCCCACAGCAGCGAGGAUGAGGAGAGCGAGGAAGAGGAGAGAGAGGACCUGGCUGAGAGUUCACUGCUCAACAAGCUGCUCCACACCUCGCUGGUAGAGAACAGCCACGACGUGGAGGUGCUGCAGCAGGACCCCUCCUCCCCACUCUUCUCCAUCAGAACCUUCGAGGAGCUGCACCUGAAAAAGGAGCUUUUACAGGGCGUGUACACCAUGGGCUUCAACAGACCAUCGAAGAUCCAGGCAAACGCUCUGCCCAUCUUGAUGGCACAUCCACCCCACAACCUGAUUGCGCAGAGCCAGUCCGGGACGGGGAAAACAGCAGCAUUUGUCCUGGCAAUGCUGAGCAGAGUGAAAGGUGCUGAGAGGUACCCGCAGUGCCUUUGUCUGGCUCCCACCUGUGAGCUGUCCCUGCAGAUUGGCCAUGUGGCUGAGAAGAUGGGGCGGUUCUGCAAUGACAUCAAGGUCACCUAUGCUGUGCAGGGCAAUAGAGUGUCCGCAGGCACUGUGCUGGAGGAGCAGAUUGUCAUCGGCACACCAGGCACCAUGCUGGACUGGUGCUUCAAGCGAAGACUGCUCAACAUGAGGAGGAUCUGCAUGUUUGUGCUGGACGAGGCUGACGUCAUGAUUGACACGCAGGGAUUCUCCUCCCAGAGCAUCCGCAUCCAGAGGGCACUCCCAAAGGACUGCCAGAUGCUGCUUUUCUCUGCCACCUUCAAGGAAACUCUCUGGAAGUUUGCCCUGCAGAUUGUCUCCAGGCCCAUCAUCAUCAAGCUGAGACAAGAGGAGCUCACUCUAACCAACAUUAGGCAGUACUAUUUUGUCUGCAGGAACUGGGAACAGAAGUAUGAGGCCCUCUGCAACCUUUAUGGCAGCAUCACCAUUGGCCAGGCCAUGAUCUUCUGCCAGACCCGACGGAGUGCAGACUGGCUCUCGAUGAAGAUGAUUCAGGACGGGCACCAAGUGGCCAUGCUGACAGCAGAGCUGUCCAUUGUGCAGAGAGCUGAAGUCAUCCAGAGGUUUCGUGACGCCAAGGAGAAGGUUCUUAUCACUACCAAUGUCUGUGCGAGAGGGAUUGACGUGGCCCAAGUCACGAUUGUGGUGAACUUCGGCCUUCCCAUCAACCGUCAGAAGCAGCCAGAUUUUGAGACCUACUUGCACCGCAUCGGGCGGGCAGGGCGCUUCGGGAAGAGGGGAAUCGCCUUCAAUAUGGUGGACAGCCACAGCGUACACCUCGUGCACUGCAUAGAGGAACAUUUCCAGACAAAGAUCAAGAGGCUGGACACAGACUGCAUGGACAAGCUUGAGGAGCUGGAAAAUUGAGUAAAAAACACGGCUUAGCUCCAAAUUGCUCACAUUUUGGUUUAAAUUGUAUGUGAAAUCCAGGAGAAAAUCCCCCGGUUUUCUAACUUCCCGGUGGUACCUGGUUUUGUUGUGACGUUUUGUUUUAGAAGGAGAGUAGGGGAAAUGCCCUCAGUCUAACAAAUGAUUCUGAUUGGUUUCCUCGGUGCUUUGGGGGAAAAUUCCUUGGUGUUUUGUGGAAAUGCCCCUUGGUUUUGGGGCAGUGUUUGCCUGUUUGGGGCACUGUUGCUUUGUUCAGGAUACCAUCGCCCAGUUCUGGGCUCUUUCCUUGUUUUGAGGUGGUGGUUUAUGUUUCUGGGGCCCUGUUCCUUGUUUUGUUGUGUUGUUGUUUUUCUUUUCUCUGAAAGAAAUAAGUUUAAAGCAGACAAGUCCCAGUUCAAACAUCUUUGUGUCUGAGGUUUGUGCAGAAACUGCUCUUGAACAGAGGAAACACUGUUGUGUAAUGUGGAAAUUCCAUGGAGGUGUGAAGAGGAAAUGGAAGCUCUGAGGAGCCAAAAAGUUCGUUAAAGAUAACGAACACAAGGGAACAAAUGCUAUUUUCUUACUGAUUUCUUCUUUUCCCUUUAAAUUAAAGUUCAGUGCUAAAAGA